UUUAUACGCAACAAAAAGACUUGAAACUGCGCAAGCUGCUGCUCGAGCAUUUUUUGCAGCGCUUUGUAUAAUUUUUAUUUUUUCACAACGUUUUUUGGGCAAGUGCAAAUAUCGAUUGCUGCUCUGCCUUGCAUAAGUCCAGCAGCCAACGCAGAACGCAUAAAGUGUGGCACACAAACAAAUAAAAAAAAAAAUUGUGCUUAAUUAUGCUAAAUGCAAAAUGUGCGCAGAUUUAAAGCAACAACGAAACAAUUGACAAGCGCAUACAGCCAACAAUACAGCUGAGCACAGCUAUAUAUAGCACAUAACUGUGUGCGUGUGUGUGUGUGUUUUUGUGUGUGUGUGUGCUACAAAAAUUGUAUUUUUGUAUGGCAAAAUGGAUAUUGCUCUGCGUGGCACAAUGACAACUCGAACUGGCGCUGGCCUACAUCAUGCCGUCUCAUUGGGCAACAUCGAAGUCUCCACAAAGGCCACAUAUUCCAGGCAAACUGAUCGCAGCUACGACUCCGAGGAUGAGCACACAGGUCGUCGUCGCUUGCGUCAAACGCACUCCACCGAAUCACAGCCACGCACUUCAGUUUACUCGCGUGGCGACAUAAGAGAACAAUACUGCCUAACAGAUCGACAGCUGCACAGCAUUGAGCAGCGUCCCAGGCGCGAGCGUUUCUUUGGUUGUUUAUCACGCCGUGGCCAAAGCUCACAGACGAGCAGCAGCUUGCUGGGCGGCUGCGUGGGCAGACGCGUGCCCUCGGAUGAAAAUUUGGCUGCUUAUGCGCCAUUUGAAAAAUAUCCACGCUAUCAAAAUAACGGCACGGAUACUAACGAUAUGGAUAGUUCCUAUUUUCGCCGUCAACCGGCUUCGAUCUUAAGCACCGGCAAGUCCAGCGAGCCCGACUUGGCCGCAAGUCGCUACAAUUGGUCGAACAACAACAGCAGCAGCAGCGAGUAUCAAACGGCACAGAGCUCUUAUCACUGCCCUACGUAUGCAACAAUGCCAAUGCCACAGCAACAGCAACAGCAGCAUCAACAGCAACAGCAGCAGCAGCAACAACAGGCGAGAACCAAACACGUGAGCUUUGCACGUUCGCACACGUUAACCAGCUUCGAUAAUAUGAAUCAGGGCUUUCGUAGCUCGGCACGUUUGAAGAGCGCACGCAGUCAGGAGCGUUUAAUAGGCGGCAAGAAGCCAAUUAUAGCCACAGGCAGCAUGUACGAAACUUUGCAGCCCAUGUUGCCACAGCAACUGCAACAACAGCAACAGCAGCAGCAGCAACAACAGCAACAACAACAGCAGCAGCAGCCGCAGCUUAAACCAAAUUGGUUGCCAGCCCAAGUGCAAUUGCAGCCCUGUCAACAUCAUCAUGCGCCCAUACAUCUGCAUUCGCAGCUGCCAGAUAAUAUGGUGGGUCUGCUUAUACCGCAGCCGCUGCCGCUGCCGCUUGCUUUGGCGCCGCCCAGUCCGGAAGUCUUGAUUAUUGAAAAGAAAUUCCGCAACGCUAUGAAAACGCAGGCAACGCAAACGGAUGUGGGUGCGCGCAAGGACUGCGAGGCGCACUUGCAACGCAUCAAGGUGAUGUCGCAAGGUGCCCAAACCAAUGGCCUGCAAAAUGGCAAAAAGCUAACCAAGAGCUUGUCUGAAAUUCCCAAUGGCAAGGAGCUGCAACAGCAGUAUGCAAAAAUAGGCUCCCAUUAUCCACACGAGCUAAUCUACCGCACCCAAUCCCAGGACGUGGUGCCACUAGCAACUUUGUCCGAUGCGCAGAACAACAUAAUGUACUAUAAGCCGCCGCCGCCGCUGCUCGAUGCGCAUAGCUAUGGCCUGGGCAUGGAGCACUUGAGUCGUGGACGCGCCGAUAACCAAGCGGAGUACGUGAAUGUGAAUGCCGCGGCGCUGGCGCUGAACGAAAGCUUCGACUAUGAGAGCAAUAGUUUGCCUAGACGCACCUGCAGCUCCCAUGCACGCACUGAAACGGAUUACUAUAGCAAUAGCCUGCCCAGGCGGGCUGAAGCUUUGCAUGCUCACGAUAUUUGCAAACAUAUAACGGAGUGUGCGGAGCUGCUGACCGAUAGUUUGCCACUGGAUUUUACGCAAACGCAUUUGCUGCCGCCGCCCAGCGCUUACAAGAGCGAUGCAGUGGAGCAGGAGGCGUACUACGAUGACGAGGAGGAGGAGGAGGAGGAAGAGGAGCAGCAGCGACAUGCGCCGGAGACAGAAAGCUACAGCUCCGAGUUAGGUGGACGACGCUCAUCGCUGCUGCCGCUGCAGGACACUUCGCCAUUCAGACGCGAUGAUCUCAGGCGCCAGUCGAUGCCCGUUUAUGGACAAACGGAGAAGCUUAUCGAUGGCUUUGGGCCACGCAGCUCCUUUCGCGAUCGCCAUAAGGUCAGCUGCUUUGCCAAGAAGCCCGCAGCAGAUGAGCAGGAAAUCUUCAUAGACUUUAAGCCGCAUGUUUCACCCAAACCAAGUCCCAAGCUGCAGCUCAAGCAUCGCAAGCAGCACAAAGCGGAGCUGGCCAUGCGCAAAAUGCAGCAGCAGCGUUUGGCGCUGGCAGCGGCGUUUACGCUGCCCAAGCUGAAGCAGCCGCUGGAGGCAGCGCCCGCAGCUGAAGAUUUAGCAGAUGCAGAUGGCGAUGAGGAGCCGCUGUAUGAGAACAUCAAUGCCUGUGGCUGUCAGCUGGAUCACUCCAGUGUUGCACCCCUGGACAAACGCGCGCAGUUCCGCAAGCGCUCUGUAAGCUUGGAUGAUGAUUAUGCUGCGCUAACUGCAGCCAGCAUGGCGCCAGCUGUGCGUCUGCCCUCCACGCCGGCAAGUCCUUGUCGCGAUGAGCUGCUCAAUGCCUCCACUUAUCCCUCCUCGGACUCGCUCACCAAUGAUAAUACACGCGAUCAUUCGGAUGGCAUUUGGAAUGAAUCGCAGGUCACAGUGCUGACAGCUGAGCAGCGUGAUCCAUCCGACUGCUCCUAUAGCUCCAAUCUGCUGCUGACGCCCUCGUCCAAGCGCAAGAAUCUGCUGCUGCAGCAUCAGCAGCGCAGCUCGGUGGACACAGAUGCUUUAGACUUUGAGGAACAGAGUCCCACCUAUAGUCUACAAACACUGCCGAAGAUCAUAAAGACGCCCACACCAACAACAGCGACGCCAGCCAAGCCGACGCAGCCGAUUAUAAUGCCAGCCAUAGAGGUCACCCCAACUGGCGCACAGUGCGCUGAGACUAUAAGAUCACCGUUACCCAAGCGUAGCAUGGUAUCCCGUGGAUCCGUGCCCGAUGCACGUCAGCUGAUGUAUGUGGCGGGUGUGCCCAAGCAGCGACAUUCCGAUGCUGCAUUCUAUGGCACGGAUUAUACCAAGAGCGCGGAUAUAUCGGAGUGCAGCACUAAUACAGAUGAGUAUGCCACUUGCACGGAUAAUUCAAAGCGUACACCAGGUAUUAAGACUCCGCCGACAACGACAAGCUCAUCCUCGACUACACAAGUGCCAGUCUCUACCCAAAGCUCUCAGCUGGAGAAGACGCAUGCGGGCAGCAGCUUCGAAAGCGCCAGUUCACUUUACUCCAUGCGCGAAGAUUUGCUGCAGCACGACGAAAAGGAUAAACCGACGAAAUUGUCGCAGCUAAAAUCACCGCUGGGUUCAGCGCUGGAAUUGACGCGCAAAUCGCCAUCGCAUUCUAUAAGCAGCACUACGUCCUCGGGCAGCGCGCAGGUUUCGGGUCAAGCUAUCAAAUCUCCCGCUAAGGAAUGUCAACCACAAACUGUAAGCAGCGCAAAGCUAAAGCUCAGCACAGCGGAGCAAGCGCCAGCGCCCAAACCCAAACCGGAAUCUAUAUCAGAGGAUGAGCGCAGCGAAGUGCGUUAUUCCUCCUCGGGUUACUACGAAAGUCCGCAUGAGGAGGAAGACGAGGAACAGCAGCAGACACCCGCGCUAUGCAAAGCGCGACGUCAGCGUCAAGAGGAUGAACGCAAGCGACGCAAGACGAGCAUGAAGCUGGACAUAGAAAAGGAGAACAUGCGUGCGCUAACCAGUCCCAUUAAGAAACCCGCAGCAUCAGCCACAAAGCAGCAAUCUCCAGAGCAGGAGAAACCCGAAACCGCAGGCAGUCCCAGCAAAACGAAACGCUUUCGUCCCAAGAUCCGAAGACAGCUGCGCAAGAGCUCUCGAGAGGAUGUGCUGGCGACGACGGCAGCGCGACGUGCGCGUGCUCCAACUCUAAUAUAUGGACUAAGCAGCGCUAGUGCUGGCGAUACGGAGCUGCUGCUGGACGCCAGCAUGAGCAGCACGGUGAGCACCAUGACAACAGCAGCUGCGGUAACUGCAACGCCCGCUGCGGUAACCACAACCACUUCGGUUAGCUCCAGCGGCACUGCCACGCAGCGUGAGCAGCCCAAGAAACACAGCUGUGCCACGCCCACUGCGCUGCUCUCACCCAAGCUGCCGCCUGUCAUUAAAGCCGCACCAGAGAUGACGCAGCUUAAAACCAAGUCCAUUGAAUCGCUGCGCUCGGUUUCGCCAGGUUCGGAUUCAGUUUUCUAUAGCGAAGCAGAUCCGCAUGUUGCCAGCGCGGAGCAGUCGCAUUGUCUGCACUGCGGCAAGGAGCGGGAAGGCAAGUCCAGUCAGCCAGGUGACUCAGUCGAGUCCAUACCCUACAUAGAGCAUGAGGAGAACAUAGUCAAGCCGCCCUCGGACUUUGCCGACUCGCCUGUCACCACCAAAACCACGCAGCGUCUCUACAAGAAAAUGGACAAACGCUUUCGCUCCGAGGAGCGCUAUCAUGGCGAACGUGGCAGACACCACAAGUCUCGCCAGGUGAAUAUGCGCGCCAAGAGCGAAGAACGUGGUCGCGCUCCCAGUUUACCCAACACGCCCAUACUGCGACCCGCGGGCUCCAGUCCUUGCGUGCUGCCGGAUAUCAAUACGGAAAAGAGCCAGCAAAUCAUUUACAAAGGACAUUAUCAUGCAGGACGCUAUACGCGCCUUACAGACGAUGAUCUAUGGACGCAGCUUGAUCAUCAGUGCUUUGAUCGUUCGCGUGAUCGUCGCGCCUCCACCGAGUCCGAGAAGAGCUUCCAUGCCAAAUAUCAGGUCAUACUGCAUCGCUUGGUUCAGCGUCGCUGCACCCUGGAAAUGUAUCAUCGACAAAAGCACAAUCGUUUUCGUGUGGACAAGACUGUGGUGGUGAAGAGCGACUCGGGUGAGUUUGGCUUUCGCAUACACGGCUCCAAGCCUGUUGUGGUGGCAGCCAUAGAGCCUGAUACGCCAGCCGAAAGCUCUGGCCUGGAAGUGGGCGACAUUAUAAUCUCAGUGAAUGGGGUGCAAGUGUUGGACAAACAUCACACCGAGGUGGUGAAGAUAGCGCAUGCGGGAUGUGAGAAGCUGGAACUGCAGGUGGCACGCACCAUAGGAGUGCUGAUGCAUGAGCAGCUGGAGCCGCCCAGUCAGCCCAUCUACAGUGGCUAUCUAUGGCGACAAAGUGGCCAAGCCAAGGGAGCGCCCAAUUGCAAGAAAUGGGUGCGACGCUGGUUCUCGCUGCGGCCAGACAACUGUUUGUACUACUACAAGACAGAGGAUGACUCGCAGCCUGUGGGCGCCAUGAUAAUGGCCAAGCACAGCGUCGAGCUUUGCCCGCCGGACAUUGGCAAGCCGCAUGCAUUCAAAGUGGACUCGGGCGAGGGCAUACCCAUGUAUGUGGCUGCGGAUAGCGAUGAGCUGGCCAAUCGCUGGCUCAAGCUGCUGCGUGCGGCUGCCAAUCAGGACAACGAAUGGCUGGCCAAGAGCUCGCGCUGCUUGUAUCAGAGUCCCAGCAAUAUUGUGCGCCCGGAUUGCUUUGGCUAUUUACUCAAAUUGGGCUCAAGGUGGUGCGGCUGGUCGAAACGCUAUUGUGUACUUAAGGAUGCCUGCCUCUAUUUUUACCAAGACGCAACUAGCAAAAGCGCAUUCGGCAUGGCCUGCUUGCAUGGCUAUAAGGUGGCCUCAAUGUCGGCCAAUGCGUCCGGCAAGAAGAACUCUUUUGAGAUCGUGCCACCCGAGUCCAAGUUGCGUCAUUAUUAUUUCUGCACCGAAAGCGAAAUGGACAAGAAACGCUGGAUUUCCGCUCUGGAAUAUUCGAUAGAUCGCUGGAUCAAGUCCGGAUAACAAAGGGUAACGCCUCGCUCCAGAUCGGCCACGCCCAGUGAUCGACGCAAGCGUUUGAGUGUUAGCUUUAGCUAAUUAAGAUUGGAAACUUGAGCUCUACAUAUAUAUUUUGGAUAUAGUACGGGUACUAGGUACUAUUAACUAGCUAUUUAAGCCAAAGACACACACACAGACGCAUAGAAAUUUAGUCCAAAACGUUUUAAUAGCCACUAAGCCAAACAAAAAAAUGGAAUUUAGUCUCGACAAAAACUAUUUUGAGCAGUGUAGAAGAGUUUUUUCUGUUGUGUACUUUUGUUAUAUACUAUAGCUUAUAUACAUAUAACAUUAUGUUUUUAGUGAGGUUGUCUUUAAUAUAUACACACACACACACACAGACGAACAAGAAUACAUACACAGAUAUACAUUAUACUAUAUAUAGAGCUAUAUAGCAAUAACUUCUUGCAGCAGACCAAAAGCAUAGCGUUCAAAGUAAAUUCAUUAGUUUAGCAAAGUAAAAACAAAAACUAUGGCAGCAUAUUUACAACAAAUUAAAUAAGAUUGAAGCGUUAUUACUUUCUGGCUGAAACAAAAAAAAAAAAAACGAAAACUCAUGACCAAUUUGAAAGGCAAGCGAGCGUUAAAUUUAAAGGGCAAGCUGUAAUAUUCACAUCAAGUAGUUACCAUAAAUUAAAUCAAACGGUUUUCGUCCUUAUUGGAGUGCAAGCAAAAAUAGGUUUAUUAGUUAGCUACAAUUAUUGGCUUAUGUACAUUAAAUAUGCAAACAAAUUUUUUGUAUAAAUAUUGGAAUAAUUAUGCUAAAGUGCUGAGUGAUUAAUGCUAAGCUUAGAAUUUUUGAUAGGUUGAACAUAUUAUUGAGAAAGAUCACAGGCAAUAGCAAUAGCUAAGACGAGCGGAUUACAGCAACAAAUUAAUGUGCAAUAUUUAAAAAUAUUUUAUUUAGUUUUUUAUUGCAGCCAAAAAGUGCAGAUUUUAAGUUUUUAAUUUUAAAAUGUAGCUCGUCCUAUUGCUAUUGCCAUAUAUAUUAGUUAAAUAACAAAAUACAAUAAUAUGCAAAAUGAAAAUGCUUUAUGAGUAUAUAACUGUUUACUUUACAAUCCAGUAGUUACUUUGUCAUAUAUGCAAUAUAUGAUGCAAUACUUGAAGAACAACAAGUUUAUUUCAAUUUUAUAAAGAAUUUUUUAAAUGAUUUUGAUUCGCUUUGAACUUUUGUUAGUUAAAUAUAAUAAAUUUACAAAUUAUAUAUGCAAAAUGUAUAAACUCAAUAAGUUAAUGUAACGAAAAUGUGUGUGAAGCAGCAAGCGAGUGAAAAUGUAAAGUGGAAAAGCAGAAAACUAAAUAAGAGCUUUAAUUAUUAAAUAAAAGUAUAUAUA